GCUCGCGGGUGCGCAGCGCCGAGCACGGCGGCAGCAGCGGGCGGAGCCGGGACGCCGGUGCCUGGGGCUGUGCCCGGGACAGGGGCAGCGAUGCUGGGGCUGGGGCUGGCGCUGGCGCUGGUGCUGGGCGCCCUGCCCGGGGCGCGGGGCGAGACCUACACGGCGCUGCAGAGCGUGCGGGGGGCGCUGGGCACGGAGCGGGCGCUGCUGGCCGGGCUGGCCGCCUACCUGCAGCGGGAGAGCCGGCGCCUGCAGGACCUCCGCAGAUUUUACAACAAGGUUCAAGCACUGCACCAAGAAGCCGGGGCCUCCGUGGUCAACCCUCUGCUAGCCUACGCGCUGAUCAAGAGGCUGCAGUCGGACUGGCUGAACGUGGUGAACAGCAUGGAGGCCAGUGAGAAUAUCCAAGAGCUCAAGAAGGACUACCGGCAAGUGGAGAAGGACCUGCCCGUAUUCGAGGACCUGGAGGGGGCGGCGCGGGCCCUCAUGAGGCUGCAGGACGUCUACGCGCUGAGCGUCAAGGGGCUGGUGAAGGGUGUGUUUCGGAGAGACGGCGCCUCCGGGCUUGCUGACCUCUACCACCCUGGGCAGCAAUUCUCGCUCUCUGCUGAUGACUGCUUCCACAUCGGCAAGGUUGCCUACGACAUGGGCGAUUACUACCACUCGAUCACGUGGCUGGAGGAAGCCGUCAGCCUCUUCCGCGUCUCCUACGGCAGCUGGAACACGGAGGACGAAGGGAGCCUCGAGGAUGCGCUGGACCACCUGGCUUUUUCCUAUUUCAUGGCAGGAAAUGUCUCUUAUGCCUUGAGCCUCUCCAGAGAAUUCCUGCACUACGAUCCCAGCAACAAGCGGGUUGCAAGAAAUGUCCUGAAGUACGAGAAGCUCCUGGUGGAGAAUCCCAGCGGGGCUGAGGCAGAGGUGGUCUUGCAAAGGCCCAACGUGACCCACCUACAGACCAGAGACACCUACGAAGAGCUGUGCCAAACCCUGGGGUCGCAGCCAUCUCAGCAUCGAAACCCAAGCCUCUAUUGCUCUUACGAGACGAAUGACAACCCGUACCUGAUCUUCCAGCCGGCGAAGAGGGAGAUUGUCCAGCUGCAGCCUUAUGUCGCCCUGUAUCACGGCUUCAUCAGUGACGACGAGGCGGAGAAGAUCAAGGACCUGGCAGCUCCUUGGCUGCAGAGGUCGGUGGUCGCCUCGGGAGAGAAGCAGCAGAAAGCCGAAUACCGGAUCAGUAAGAGCGCCUGGCUGAAGGGGACUGUUGAUCCGGUGAUCGUGUCCUUGGACCGGAGGAUCGCGGCCGUGACCGGCUUGGACAUUCGGCCCCCAUACGCCGAGUACCUCCAGGUGGUGAACUACGGGAUCGGCGGACAAUAUGAGCCGCACUUCGACCACGCCACUUCAAGGAAGAGCCCCCUGUACAGGAUGAAAUCGGGGAACAGAAUAGCCACGGCCAUGAUCUACCUCAGCUCCGUGGAAGCUGGGGGAGCCACAGCCUUCAUCUACGCCAACUUCAGCGUGCCCGUCAUCAAGAAUGCCGCUCUUUUUUGGUGGAACCUGCACAGGAACGGAGAUGGCGACGGAGACACGCUGCAUGCCGGCUGCCCCGUCCUCGCCGGUGACAAGUGGGUGGCCAACAAGUGGAUUCACGAACAUGGGCAGGAGUUUCGGCGGCCGUGCAGCGCCCACCCCGAAGACUGAGAGUUCGGCCAUGCUCCAUCGUGGGCACUGGAGACCCGGGGAUGCAGGGGGGGAGUCACGCCACCCGGUCCUGGAGCAGAGACCCAGCAAGGCCACAUAGCCUGCUGCCACGGCACGUCUCAGCAGGGCUUCCUCCACCCAGAUUGAGUCUGAGGAUGGAGGGGAGAGGGAAUGGACAAAAGGAGGGAGUGCUUGGGAGGAGAGCACGGAGGGUGUCUUGUCGGCAGUCCCCCCGAGCUAUUCCUGGAAAGCCAGGCGGGCAGAGUCACUCGGCUGGCAGGAGCUGACAGCUCCGCUCCGCUCCGCUCAGCGCAGAGAGGAGUAGCCAGGGGCAGAUUCUGGCAGGGCCAAACCAGGCCACGAGGGCCAAAUCCUGAUCUCGGUUACACCAGUUCCCUGACGGUGUUUUCACCGCCCGAGUUACUCCGGGUGCUAUUCAAAGCAGUGUAUGGCUUAUGAGUUGGAAAUAAAGCAAAGGAGAUUGAAACACUA